CGUCCCCAUCGACGCCGGUUACCUCGACGAGAGAGUGAGAGAGGAGAGGUUAGGCAUUCGCGCGCGCGCGCGCCCGCGCAUCUAUCGGCCGCGAUAUACGUUGCUCCUGUUUCUCCGUGAGACAUGAGAUUCGCGCAGCGGGAGGAUCGAGCUUGUUGAACAAGACGACGUCCGUGUUGACCCCGAGAAAUCGACGUCGAACCUCCCCCCCCAAGUCGUCGCAAGUGUGAGACCGGCGAAAGGAGACGAUCUCGUUGACCGCCGCCGUAAGGGACGAACUCCGCGGGUGAUCCGGUUCUUAGGACCUCCGUCAGGCCGAGGCGAAGCAAAUCUCUCCGCGGGGGUUUCGACGAGAGACCUUAAGAGAUGUUGUUGUAGACCGUGAAGGGCCGGUCGGAGGAGUAUAAUUCACCGGCGGUUCACCAAGCGAGCAAAUCAAAAGGGAAAUCAGAAGACGAAGUUGUCGGAUAUAGGAAGGAUAAUAUUUUCUACGCAAGAUGGCCAAGAAAACUCAGAUGGUAAUUAAAUGUGUCUUCUAAAAUACUGAAAGCUUCCCCCAUUCAUCAUCGAAAUUAAAAUGUUGGAUUCUGAGAGAAAUUGAUCCUUGAAAGUAUCUGACAACAAUGGCAGAGAAUAAUACGACAGAAAGUACCACUAAAUCGGUGGAAAACGAGAGUCCCGUAAGUCCGGAGAGUCCAGAAAGUUCAGAGAGUCCUACUACAACUUCUGCAAACGAUAGAGCAGAUUCCUCUGACAGGGAGGAGAAUCAUGAAGAAACGAACACUGACGAACCAUCUGUUUCUAAAGAAACUUCAGAUACUGUCGCUGAGAAAGAGAAGAAACAAGAAGAAACAAAUUCACUUGGUUCUGAAAACCAGCAAGGUGCCGAGGAAACAAAUUCACCUGGUUCCGAAAAUCAACACGAUGCUACUAAAACCGAUUGCAAUGGUGAUUUGAAGGAGGUAACUGAUCUCGACAAGACGAUCGAUUCUGAUCCUGUUGUAUCUUAUUCCGAGACCAAAGAGACCACUUCCGACGAUUGUAAUUCUACAGAAGCGAAGUCCAUGGAAGAAGAGACGGUUUACUCCAGCACUAUACAGAGUAACUUAAAUGAGAUCUUAAAAAUCGUUCACGGGGAUUUGGCGAUGGCGAUACUCCAAACCGCCAAUGAGAUUGCAGUGAAGGACGACGACAAGAAGAAGAGUGAAAUCGUGAAGGACAACAACGAAGAGAGUAAUGCAAUCGUGAGGGACGGCGACGAGGAGAGCAGUGAGAAAGAGCAACAAACGGUAAAGAAGGGAGAUGACGUUUCGAUUGACGAUACGGCUGACAGUGCCAAGAAAUGUACUUCCUUGGCCGCGAAGGAAAAAAGAAUCUCGACAGAGUCCGCGGAAAAAAUGGAAGAGAAGACGAACUUUGGAAUUGUUCAUGCUCCGACCGCGUUUGGCGAACUUAUUAAAGAACAGCUUGCCAGCAACUCGGCUGCAUUAUCGGCCGAUCGCACGGACCAUAUAGUAGAAUGGGUCCAAAACUCGGCGGUAAAUGCCAACGAAGAGAACAACGUCAUCGAAGAAUGUGAACCUGAGAUUGUCGAAGAGAAUACGACGAGCGAUGCAGAGAAACGAAAGAGGCUUGUUAGCAUCACCCCACCUUUCGUAUCGUCAAGAAAAUCGCAGAAGCUCGCUAACAACAUCGUAAGGAAGUGUAUUAAAUUCUUAAACAAGAUGCACGCGAUGGACGGCGCGGCCGAGAGCAGGCGAAAGGUGGAUACCGCGGAGGACGACAAGACAUCGAGAUCGUCGCCGUCGCCGAAAGUACCUCAGAGCCAGCAGAACGGCGCCGCCCUUCCGGAGGAGACGGCGGCGGCGCCGGCAGCGUCAGUGGGUCGCGCGCGCACCAAGAAGAAGGACGAGUCCCGCUGCGACACGGAGACCGUCCCGGCUGCAAACACGAAGGGCAGGCAGCUGCUUGCGAGCACGUCGCGGCAGAGUGCGACGACUCCGAGCGAUGUCGUCGUGCAACCGCGUCAUGUUAAAGCGGCGUCCGAGCCCGUCGAGAUCAAGAAACGGAAGUCCACUAACGGACAGCUGGCCUCGCUGGGAAAUCCCAGGAAGAAGUUUCGCGACAACUAUACGCGAGAGGAGUACAUUUCGAGUAUUGUGGGCGACAACAACGAAAGCAUCGAGGAUCUUGUGGCGAAGGCCGAUCGACUACGAGCCGAUAUUUUGGAUCUUGAAAAUUUAGCACACGCCAAAGAAAUGGAAUGGAACGAGAUCCUAAGGAAGAGGAAACUCAAGGAGGAAGCGUACCUGAGGCUCGAAAGGAAGAUACAAACGACAGCCUACAUGGAAAACGACGGUCAGUUGUCGGAGACUCUGCCGCCCACUAGAUCAUUUUCGGGCUCGGCCGAAUGGGAGAACAACGGCAGCACCAUAUCGAAGGAGAGAUCUUUCGAAUCUAAGGAGGAUCUAGGCGAGAGAUCUUCGGACUCAUCGGGCUCGAAGAAAGAGAAAACCACGAAAGCUAGCUUGCAACAACGAGCGACUCCUCCGAAAACCAAUGGCGAGAGCAAUCGUAAACAGAACGAGGCGUCGAGUCCGGAAAGUCGACAGAUCGGAGAAGGUCGUCAAGGUGCGAUAGUGGAUGUCAGAUCUAUUAUCGCCGACCAUAGGCUCAAGCAUCCAGAAACCGUACCAAGGAGAGGUCGAAGGAUGAGAAAUUCGAACGUGAAUAUCAAUCUCGGUGCUGGCGGCGCCAUGGUCGAAACAGGGCACAAUGCUGACUCAAGACCAUCUAGCACAGAAUCGUGCAAGAGCAACUCAAGGGAUGCGAACGAUCCCAUGAACUAUAAAGACAUGCUAGUGCAAUUUGCUAAGCUAAGUCAGCAAGGCGAACCUGUCAAGGUACCGCAGAAUUAUCCAGACGUGACGCUUCAUCCUGUGACACCUUCGUCUGCCCAGAAUAUGUCUCAGCCGACCGGCUCGUUGCUCCAUGGAAUUCUAACAAAAGCGCAACCACCGAGAUCCACGACUUUUUCACCUACUUUAGCGAGAUUACUCACCGCGCCUGAAAGAGAAAGGAGUUCUCCGGGGGCCGCGGCAGCGGUGGCGGCGGCGGCGGCGGCAUCUGCGUCCAUGUCGCAGCAAGGCGCCACGACCCAGCACCUUUUGCAGACAUACCAAGGCUCUAAUCUGGUUUCUAUAAAUGAUCUCUUAUCUUCUUCCAAGGCCCGCACAGAGAUAACUAUAACCCCUGUCGUUAACACUCCCGCGCAAUCUCACUCCAACGAUUUAAUUCAAGUGGAGGAUGUUGAGGAAGAAGCAACGGUAAUUGAUGAGAGGAAGGGAAACUCGGUGAUCGGAAGGGAUGGUAAACAAUUAGUUAAAGACAAUCCACCUUCGCCAAGCGCCCCGCCAAAAUGUCAGGGAUGCAUAAUUCGACCCGCACAAUUCGUUUGCGCCGGAUGCGGAAAUCAGUGGUAUUGCAGUCGUUCAUGUCAGCUUGCCGCGUGGGCAACGCACUCCGACCACUGUCCGCCGGAGCCCGAGAAUAGCAGCAAAACCAAGACCAACGUUUAACGCCCGAGAUCCUUGCACGCCCGGUGUACGCAAUGGCAUCAGGCGAGGAGGUAUCAGCGUAACCGAGUACGAAUCUAGUCAAGGAAGGAGGUUCAAGGGUAUAAUUCAUAUUGAACGACAAACGAGAUGCGGAGAGGAAUUACCGUGUGUGUAUCGUAUUGAUGUAGUAUCGGAAAGAUCCUUGUCGAAGCAAACGGAUGAUAUUGUCCUAUUUAUCACAAGCAUUUACUGAUCUCCCGUCUCUAAGGAGGUUCCACGCUACCCCCCCACGUUCUGCACUUUGCAGAAUGAAUUCAUGAAGUUUCUUGCACUUUGCUCGAGCUUUAGAUGAAGAAAAUUUUGUCUUUUUUCUGAUGAUGAAAAUUAAUUGGGAUAUUCGAUGCCAUUGGUUGACGAGCCUCGUGUGUUAUGUAUAAUUCUUUUUCUUUUAGACUUUACUACAUACUUUACUACAUACACUAGUCGACAAUUUUUCGAGUGCUCGAGAAACGAGCGGGAAAGGGAAUAUGUAAUUCCGUGGCGCUUUGUGGACGUGGAGCACAAUACUAAGCAACGCGAUGCUGUAUAUAAUUUUAUACAAUUUAAGAGAGUUGUUCAGCGUCGGAUUUUAGAACGCCGAUUAAUCGCGUGCCAUGCGUAAGAUCGGGGGCGGAUUGAGACCAUCAGCUCUUUGAAAGAUAUCGAGAUAUAUAUAUUUUUUCUUUAUAUCAGAAAACAUUUUACAGUGAAAUUGUAGACAUUUUAAACUUAAUUGAGAGACAGUUAAAAAUCGCAUUAAGAUUUGUCAUAAUAAACGGAGUAAACUUGUUAUAAUAACAUGUUUACUUUGUUAUUAUAACAAAUUUCAGAUGAAAUUAACUUGCCAUUUACUAUGACAAGUUUUAUAUCGCUAGACAUUGUUCGCAAAUGAUUUCAAAUUAUGUAUCCACGUAGACAUUUUCUGCUUACUUAAUCCGCCCCUAUAUGUAAGAUUCGUUUUCCAUAAUUGACCUUAACACGGACGUUCAAGUUAGAAAAAUAAUUUGAACAUUUUUUUACAUGUAGUGAUAUAGAUUUUAUUCUGUUUUCUCCCUUCAUUUUGCAUUGUGGGCAUAAGAAAUUACUGGACAGAGUAUUUCGUCAAAAAACGAAAGAUGCCUUAUUAGGUACUCAUUAUGAAACGUUUGGAUGCAUAUAUUCGCAUAUUACAUUGGUUAGCAUGUAUCGCGUGUUAGCAAUGUGUCAGCAAUCUUGUUUAUGUGUGUGUGUGUAUAUAUAUAUAUAUACACCGAUUACGAACAAAUUGCCAAUACGAUACAUGUUAACCAUGUGAUAUGCGAAUAUAUGUAUUGAAUGUUUAAUAAAGAGCACUUAAUAUUCAUUUUCCGUUUCUCGUCAACAUGUGAUACAUGUUUAUAUAAAUGGAUGACAGAUAUUGUACAGGUCGCUCGCGAGUUAGACGUUUUCACUUCUCCGUCGCCUCGUUGAGGGAGAUAGAGAAAAUAAAAAGAAUAAACGCCAGAACUCUGCCCGUUCUACAAUACGUCGCAUGUCGGUGCUGUAAGCCGUAAGCUGUAAGAACGGCCAAUCACGAGUCGAGUUUUCUCCUUAUAUUAGACUAUGAUUCAAUUCUUAAGCCAUCUCCACUUAGUCACUACUAACUUAUUAUUAUCUUAUACUACUGACUGGCUUAUAAUUAGUUUCUGACUUUUGCUUUAUGACUAAUGGCUUAUUGUUGUUGAUGUAAGACAGCUUAUGGUUUACAACACCAAGAUACGACGGGUAUAGAACGGUCUGCAAUGGAUGGCUAUUCUAGCAUCUAUUCUUUUUUUUUGUUUUCUCUGUCUCACGAGAUGAUGGAGAAGUGGAAGCGUUUCGCGAAAUCGUAAAAUUUCGCGAGCUUGACUUGAUAUAAAUCUCUUCAUUUUGUUAUAUAUAUGCAUAUAUAAAUGCAAUAUAUUGUUAUAUAAAAAAAUGUAUUGCAAUAUUUCUGUUU